AUGGGCAAAAAAGUUGGCGUGCACGAUAUUUCACAUUUUGAAUACCAACAAGAUAUGAUCGAUGCUCGAACAUUACAAGACUUUUUGGUGUUUCUGGCCAGUAACGAUAAAUUUUUUGACAACUGGAACCUAUCAAGAUUAGCGUCUUACGAGGUAGGCAUUUACGUGGGCGCGUUCAACGAAUGCGACCGCAGGAGCCAACACGGUGGGCUACUGAACUCCGACCAAAUAAAUGAAGUCAUUGACGCUUUGAUUCUCGAAGAAGACUUCAGAAAAUCAUUAUCAGAAAAAUUUAAUAAAGACUUGGCUGAAAAUAUUUUUCCAGCUGACAAGACAUUUAACGCCUCGGAGUUCAUAAAGGGCUUCUUGGAAGUAAAACCAAACGGCAGAGGUCUUAACAAGAAACAGAGUCAGGACAUGAUCGAUUUGUAUAUGAAUGGCGAUAGACUUGGCGAUCACAUUCACCCUGCUGAAAUAAAAAAGUUUUUCCAAGAGUUGUCGAUAGUCAAAGAAGAAUACGAAGACCGACUGUUGGAAUUUCAAUCCAUCCGAAAGGCUCCUUUUCAGUUGCAAGAGCUGUUGUUAGUUUUAGCAGAAUACAACAAAGUGGCCGACGAGCAAACUGAAACCGUAUAUCCUACCGAUUCAGUUAGAGAUGUCCUAUGGGAUUUCAAUAAUAACGACCGCGACCGAGACGGUUUACUCAGUAAGACCGAACUCAAAGGAGUUGGAAAGAGACAUUUUAACUUCGACCAAUUCGAUGUCGAUGGCGACUCAUAUUUGAACAUUGCCGAGUUCUUGAUGUCGGCAUUUGUACUGCACGAGCAAAAGGAAGCUGAAGAGGGGCCGAGUGAAAAGAAACCCCGCUAA